AAUUAUAAUUUUUUCUUCUUACAAAUCAAUUAUCGAAAAAAAGUGAUGUGGAUAAAAAUUUUGGUUUAGUUAAUUAAUGUAAUUAUUUGGAAAAUUUUAGUGCUAGUAAUAGUAUGUGCACGUAAAAAUUUAUCAUUAUAUAUAUAAAUUCAAAAUUCUAUUGUAAUUAAAAUUUGAUUUUUGUAUAACCAUAAUAGCACAACAAAUAAAAUAGUUUUGGUAUUAUUAAUAUUUAAUAUACCAAUAACUAUUUAAAUAUAUCUUGGCAUUCAACUCGCUAAAGUUAUAUAAAUCUUUAAAAUGGACGGAAAUAAAGAUGAAGCGAAUCGUUGCAUCGAAAUUGGUGUUCAAGCUCUAUCAGAAGGAAAAUUCCAAAAAGCAGAAAAAUUUCUAAUAAAAGCUGAACAAUUAUUUCCAACACAACGAGCUAAAGAUGUUUUAAUGCAAGUACGGAACUUAGCUAAGUCCGGCAAUAGUAAAGAAAAACAAGAACCAGAGCAACAGCCUGAAAGUACGCGUAAACGUAAAAACUCUGAUUCUCGUCAUGCUGAACCUGAUUACACUACAGAACAACUUGAAGCUGUUCGCAAAAUUAAAAGAUGUAAAAACUUUUAUGACGUACUUGGUAUCACCAAAGAAGCAACUGAUUCUGAGAUAAAAAAAUCUUAUAAAAAAUUGGCGCUUCAAUUACAUCCUGAUAAAAACAAAGCACCAGGCGCUGCUGAUGCUUUUAAAGCAGUUGGUAACGCAGCAGCUAUCCUUACAGAUGCUGAGAAACGAAAGUCAUAUGAUUUAUACGGUAUAAAUGAGGCGAAUGGCCAAAGUUCAGGCGCCGGAAUGCGUAAUCAAUAUUAUUCUAAUGAAUAUGGUUAUGCUCGUGGCUUUCAAUCUGACGUUAGUGCUGAAGAACUUUUUAAUCUUUUCUUCGGAGGUGGUUUUCCACAACAAAAUGUUUUUAUGCGUCAACAGCGACGUCGUCAGCAACAUCGUGACGACAGAGAAAACCAAGCAGGUGGAUCUUCGGCUUUAAUUAAUUUGCUUCCUAUAUUGUUAUUAAUUGGCUUAUCAAUGAUGUCGUCAUUCUUUAUUUCGGAUCCAAUUUACAGUCUUACACCAUCACAAAAAUAUUCUGUUAAGCGAGAAACAAAUUCACUUAAAAUACCGUAUUAUGUUAAAGACAACUUUUAUUCAGAGUAUCAAGGAUCUGUGCUGCGAUUGGAAGAGUCUGUGGAAGAGGAGUUUAUUACUCAUUUAAAACAUUCGUGUAGUCGCGAAAGAAAUUACCGAGACUCAAUGUUGGCUAAAGCACGUACAUUUGGUGACCGUGACUUAUUCCGUAAAGCGCAAAACAUGAAUAUGCCUUCAUGCGAACAUCUUCAAAAAUAUUUAAAUACAUAGUUUAAUUUACCAAUAACUACUUAGUGUUCCAUAUAUCACACAUUUUAUUUUCACUUAAUGAAAGUUUUAGAAUAUUAAAUUGGAAUGUCGUUAAUAGUAGUUUCAAAAUUACUUAACUAAAUUUUUGGAACAUUAACAAUUUUUUGUUUUUAUUUUAAGUUGUUGGUUUUGCUAAUUUAUAUGUAUAGUAUUUAAAUAUUUUGAUGUAUAAGUGUAAUGGUUAUAACUGAAGCUAAGCAAU